AUGUUUAACUUGGAAGAUUCGCAAAAUCGUGAAACUUUAAUUUUUCCAUUAAUUCAAGCCCAACUUAUUGAGCAUGAAGACAAUUAUAUUAUUGAAGAUAGCGAUAAUAAACAAGAUAUAUAUGAGUCAGAAUUGGCAUAUUUGUAUAAAGUCUUAGACAAGAAGAAUCCCGUACCAAGUCAAAAAGACAUUUAUGGCUAA